AUGCUUGGCUUCAUUUGGAAAAUCUUUCUUUGCUUUCUGAUUCUGGAAACGAUUAAAGGCGAUCUUCAAAUAGUUGCAGCAGAAGGUUUUUUGUCUACAGGAGGACAGACUAAAGAUAGUUCACCAAACUCCCAGCUCAGUGGCUGGCAACUGGAAAACCCCUCUCUACCUCCUGAGUUGAAAAAGUUUAAUGGCAUUGUGGAGGCUGAACAAUUUCACAAGCAUUUGCUGUUACGAAGGAAACGGUCCAUUCUUUUUCCUAGUGGAGUUAAAAUCUGCCCUGAUGAAUCCGUUGAGCAGGCUAUUGCCAACCAUCUGAAAUAUUUCAGGCUCAGAGUGUGUCAGGAAACAGUCUGGGAGGUCUUCAAGACAUUCUGGGAUAGACUGCCAGAGCGUGAAGAAUAUCAGACCUGGAUGAGCCUGUGUGAGGAGGGAACAAUGACUACUUUUGAAAUGGGCACAAACUUCAGUCAGUCUGAGGAGCACCGGAGUCUGAUUGUGAAGAAAUUGUCCUAUACAAAGGAAGCAAUGGGCAGCUCCUGCACUGAUUGGUCAUGUGGCAGUAGUGGGACGCCAACUCCAGCUUCGGAUGCUGAUGUUACCACAUUGAGAGAUGCAGCUGCCAAUGUUCCCCCCCCACACGAAAUCUCCAUUGAAAGUCCUGUGGCUGGCACCAUCCCUGAGAUUGAAGAUGCAGACACUACUAUCAAUAAUGAGAUAAAGAAGCAGGAUGAGAAGCUAGUGAGACCUGUAACUGAGCAGAUGAUUGAGUUCAGCACUUUGAUUAUUGGUGAAAAGUACAGUGAGGAGCUGAGUGAUUCGGCUACUGUAAAGCAUCAGCUGCUUUCUGAACGAUUCAUUUCUCAGAUUGAAAGUGUAUUUGAAGGACUGCCUGGAUACAAAAGCAUCCACAUCCUGGAUUACAGCGCUCCUGAGGAGGACAGUGGAGUGGAAGUUCACUAUGCUGUUACGUUUGGUGGAAAAGCCAUCAGCAAUGCCACCUGGGACCUGAUUAAUCUUCAAUCCAACAAGGUGGAGGACAACUCCUUUAUGGGCAUAGAGGAUAAUCCUACAGUCGUGUACACAAUCAGUGAUUUCCGAGACUAUAUUGCCGAAAUCCUUCAGAAAAAUGCCUUGCUUGAAAACACAUCCUUGUCUUUAGACCCUAACUCUCUCCAACUUACUAAUGUGAAAGAAAUACUCCACCCUACACCAGAAGAUCCAUCCUGGAUUACUGAGCAUCCAGUUGUGCUGGAGCGUCCGGAGUUUGAUGACAGCACCUUUUUAGCUGAACGGCCUUCAGCAGAUGAAUCAACUGUCAGCAAUACCUUGCCCUUUGAUUUCACCAAACCAGAUUCCCCUUCAGACAUUGAAGAGUCCAAUGACAAUGAAAUCCGGCCAAGACCAGUAAAUCUGGACUCUGAGACCAGUUUGGCACCUGAAGCUCCGCUUUCCUCAGAGGCUGAUGUCACUUCUUUUCCUGAUGAGCUGAAUUUAGAGGAUGAGAAUUUGGUCACUGCACCAGUGUUUGGACGUGAUUCUGUGGACUCCCUGGAAUGGCUUUCAGCCCCCAGUUCCUUAGAUGUGUUUGAAGAUACUGGACCAUCUGAAGACCUUUUGCCUUCAAGUCCUCCUCACCUUGUGCCUGAAGAACCUCCAUCUACAGAUGAUUAUGCAGUUCCUCUACCUCCUGCACCAACAGUGGCCUCUUCAUCAGUCGUAGAGACUGAUAGUAAAGAAACAGCAUCUACUGAGAAGGAAGAAGUAACUCAAGGCAGUCCUGCAAGCAGUAACAGUGCUGAUCCUGUGUUGCGUGAAUCUGUGGAAGAAAAUUCAUUUCCCUUAGAAGUGUACCCUGUGGAAGAUGAAACCGAUGUAUAUCUUGGAGACAGAGUUAUAUAUGAUGAUGGGUCUGGUUCAGCUUUUGACGGUUCAGGAAAAGAAAUGGAGUCAAGUAUUUGGCCUUGGGAAGAGGCAACACUGGAACCAAUUUUUUACCCUGGUCCUGAUAGCUGGCUUGAUGAUGACAAUGAGUCUUUGUUAAUCAGAACUGAGGAUAUUCCUGAAGGCAUGAUCUUGGACUAUAUUCUUAACUCCAGGAAUAAAUUAGAUGAUGAUCCUUCCCAAGAUGAGAAUGAAGGUAUGGCCGAUAUAAAAGAUAAUUUCCUCGAUGAGUCUGAAAUAUUUGUCUUUCCAGAGACUACAACUCAGCAGGUACCUCUCUUACAGACAGAAGAGCCAUCAUCUGUGGAACCAUCUACACAGAAGGAAACAUUAGGCAUGUAUGAUUCUUCAUUUGAUAAACCAUCUUUGAGUUUGGAGCCUUCACUGGACCAUUCCUUUGUAGACCUGCCGACUGAAGAGGCUCCUAUCUCACCACACAACAUAGAUCUGUCCAUGGAAGAUAGUCUACAUAUGUCAACAGGGACCAUCCAUAUGGAGCAACCUGAAGAGUCCAAUGUAGGUCAGAACAUUAUUUCUGAAGCUGUGGAACAGCAAAAUGAAGACAGGACAAUGGUAGAACUAUUUACCGAGGAGCUAUCAGAGGUAACUGAAGCUACUACAAUAGGCUACUUGGACAAAAAUUUUUCAGAAACUGUUCUGACUGCAGAUUCUUCUACAAUAAACCCUGAUGCUUCCAUGGUAAACACCGAUGCUUCCACAGAAGACCAGCAGACCAUAGAUUCAUCAUUGGCAGGCCAAGACACUACUAGGUCAACUGUGAAGAAACCUGCUGAUGUUUGGCCUACUGACAGAGCACUGGAAAACUCCUUAGAUCAGCCAGUACAACCAGCAGCACCAGCUGCCACUCAAGUUUCAACUGUAGUUCCUUCUGCACUAGAUCAUACCACUGUUGCAGAGGGCUUUGCUGGACAGGGCAUCACAGACCACAAUACACUUGUUUCCAUGAGUGUCAGCACUGCUGGGAACCCUUUCAUAACAGUGAGUGUAACAACCACCACUGCUGAGCUUCUGUCCCAUCUCCCUCCUGUGGGAUCCACCACAGCAUUGCCUGUGGCUACCUCAACAAAGCCAGGAGAUGAAACAACAAGAGUUCUGGAUGUUUCAGUGGACCUGGAUCAUAUGAGCACUGUCCACUUUUCUCCUGAGCUGACGGAGAAGGGAAGGAGCAUAACUGAAAGUCAUGUGGAGCUGACAACUCAUGUGCAGUCCACAGAGAUGGCCAGCGCGGCCUGGGCCACGCAUGAAAAUCGCAGUAGCACUCCUGUCCCAUCACGAGCUCUCGUGGUGUUUUUCAGUCUUCGGGUUACCAACAUGAUGUUUUCAGAGGACCUUUUUAAUAAAAACUCCCCUGAAUACAAAGCAUUGGAGCAGCGAUUCUUGGAACUGCUGGUGCCCUACCUUCAGUCAAAUCUAACUGGCUUCCAGAACCUGGAAAUCCUGAACUUCAGAAAUGGCAGCAUUGUGGUAAACAGCCGAAUGAAAUUUGCUAAACCUGUGCCUCGAAACGUCACCAAUGCUGUGUAUAUGAUCCUGGAAGACUUCUGCAACACUGCAUAUCACACCAUGAACCUGGCCAUUGAUAAAUACUCCCUGGAUGUGGAAUCAGGUGAGCAGGCAGAUCCUUGCAAGUUCCAGGCCUGCAAUGAGUUCUCUGAAUGCUUAGUCAAUCGCUGGAGUGGGGAAGCUGAGUGUGUCUGCAAUCCAGGCUACCUGAGCAUUGAUGGGCUACCCUGCAAUAGCAUUUGUGACCUGCAACCAAACUUUUGCCUGAAUGAUGGGAAGUGUGACAUCAGCCCUGGGCAAGGGGCCAUCUGUAGGUGUCGUGUGGGAGAGAACUGGUGGUACAGAGGGGAGCACUGUGAAGAAUAUGUGUCUGAGCCACUAGUUGUGGGUAUUGCAAUCGCUUCUGUGGCAGGAUUCCUUCUUGUGGCAUCUGCUAUCAUCUUCUUCUUGGCCAGAACCCUUCGAGACCAGUACACAAAGAGUGAUACUGAGGACUCACAAGGGCAGGGUGACAGCCUCUCGUCCAUUGAGAACGCAGUUAAAUACAACCCCAUGUAUGAAAGUGAUACAACUGGCUACAGCCAUUAUUACCGGAGAUACCCUCAGCUAACGUCCUACAGUUCCACCAGUGCAGAGACAUCCACAGACUACAGCAGUGAAGAGAUCAGGCACAUUUAUGAAAACAGUGAGCUUACUAAGGAGGAAAUACAGGACAGAAUUCGAAUUAUAGAGCUCUACGCUAAAGACCGUCAGUUUGCAGAGUUUGUUAGGCAGCACCAAAUAUGGAAAGUCAUAAAGGCUGCCUCAUAUAAAGCUUCAGAUCCAGUGUUUGAAAGAUUUCAGCCUGCUGACUGUAACGCCGCUCAGCGGAAACAGUCCUCACGGACGGUGAGGGCCAAGCAGCUGUCGCCUCCCACGGCCAACAGCUCCGGGGACCCAGGCACGCUGGUCCCAGCCCCUCGCCGCCGUGCCCGUAUCCGAGGCCGCGCCCGGAAGGGCUCCGCGGUGCCCCUCUGCGGCCGCCAGAGUGCGGCAGAGGCUGAGGCACAGCCGGCCGGGCCGGCCUAG